AUGGCGCGUGCAGAGGCCGCGCGGAGAGCCUACGACCUCGACCUGAGCGGCAAGCGUGAGAUCACCAGCGCAAAUCAUGCCGCCUUCACCUCCCUCGCCAUCGACCUCGUAGAAGCCCGCUACUUGCUGGCCGGUGCUGGAGAUGGAACGAUUUCGGUGUUCGAUUUGCACCAAUUUGGUGGCAACCCACGACGACGUGCCGCUAUAACGCCCCUCUUCCUCGCCAAGCGAGGUGGGCACACGCAUGGCGUGUCGAGCAUAGCCUGGUACACGCACGACACGGGCAUGUUUUUCUCGGGCUCCUUCGACCACAAGGUCAACGCGUGGGACACCAACGCGCAACGGGUGGUGUGCCAGUUCGAGAUGCCGUUGCCGGUGUACAGCAUAUCACUGUCGCCCAUCGCCACGCGACACGCCCUCGUGGCUGCUGGGUCGGGCGACCAAAAGGUGCGCCUGUGCGACCCUAUGACCGGCGGCAGCACGCAUUGCCUCCUCGGGCACCGAGAGGCGAUUCUGGCCGUGCAGUGGUCGCCCACCAACGAGUACCUUCUGGCCAGCGCGUCGGUGGACAAGACGAUUCGGCUGUGGGACAUUCGGCGAUCGGGCUGCCUGCUGUCGCUCGACCAACACAACAGUCAGACGGCCUUGGAGACCAACCGAACACUGCGACUCAAAAACGUGAGCGCCAAGGGCGGCGCGCCGACGUCGGUGACGGCACACGACGAGCCCGUCACUUCCCUGUGUUGGUCCCCCGACGGUCUCUUCCUGUACAGUUCCGGCAAGGACAACAAGAUACACAUGUGGAACGCCGACACCGGCAGAAACACGCUGGUCAAUUUUGCAGGGGUCAAGAAUGCGGCGGAGAAGGGGAGUCAGAUGGCGAUAUCGUCGGACGGGCAGGUGCUCUACCACCCCAACGGGUCGGACAUCCUCGCGCUCGAGGCCCACACCGGGCGCACCCUCAGCCUGCUACGCGGCCACUUUGACAAGGUCAACUGCUGCGUCUUUCAUCCGCACCUCCAGGAAUUGUACAGCGGAGGCAAUGACAACCAACUGUUGUGUUGGGUGCCGAGCAUGGAUGAGGCGGAGCUGGUGGAGGAUGAGGCCACAGACGAGGGCGACGAACGACAACAGUCAUCAUCAGCAGCACACACCCAGGAUGUCGACGGAGACGCCUGGAGCGACGAAGAGGAAGACGAGAUGGACGGCUGA